AUGAAAAGCUUUCCUACUCCAAUUAUCAAACCUUUAUGGCCUUUCAUGGCUGGUGGUGCCAUUACUUUUGCCAUCAUCUCCAAACUUGCCAACGCUUCAAUGAACAGUGCUGAGUUCAUCAACGAUCCAAGACAUCCUAGGUUUGCUGCUGGUGACAAGACCUUGAAAUAAGCUCGAUAUUCAAAUCUCAGGCAUUCGAUUCUUCCCUUAUUAACUUAUUGACUGAAAAAUCUAUUGUUUGUUGAACAGAUUAAUUAUCAAUUAUCAAUUACAUAUUCGAACUAAAUAAAAUGACAUUUCACUGGUUUUUAUCUCGGUUUAUUUGUUUUUCUAUAAAAAUUAAAAUCUAAAAUUUGUAUUUAUUAAUUAUUUAAAUUCUAUUUAAAUAUUAAAUAUAUCAAUGAUAAUUUCAUAUUCAU